ACUCGCAAACACCUUACGUUUGGUUCCGCAUUUGCACUGGAUUGUGGUUGAAGAUGGAAACGAAACAGUCCCUUAUGUUGGGAAAAUUCUCGAACGAUCCACCCUACCUUUCACCUACUUUGCUGCACAAACUCCAGCGGAUCAUCCAGAUGGAAACGAAACAGUCCCUUAUGUUGGGAAAAUUCUCGAACGAUCCACUCUACCUUUCGCCUGCUUUGCUGCACAAACUCCAGCGGAUCAUCC